CUUGGAGAACUCUGUUCCCAGUUCGCAGCAAAAAUGGAAGGGGAAGAGGGCAACUGGAGCGAGGUUGUGGAAGAUCUUGUUAACGCUGGUGAGGUCGAUAAAGCGAUUUCUCUUCUCGAAUCCGUCGUUUCGAAGCUCGAAACCCUAAAUUCGUCGCAAUUGGAUACUCUUCAACUGUCCUGCGCUAUCUUUGACUUGGCCAAGCUCUACUCUGCCAAAGGCUUUUCUCUCAAGGCCGACGAGGCUCGCUCUCGCGCGCUGCUCGUGAGAGAGCGGUAUGAUGGCACCCGUUCUCCUCUAAGGGAUUUAGGGACUGCAAAAGAGGAUUUCGGACAGAAUUGUACACCUUAUGAGGCUUCAGCUUGUGAUGGAUUCCCAAAUGAUCAUGGUGAACGGCAUCCUGAGAAAUCAUCAGUAUUACCUGACAAUUCUUUGCCUCGGGAGGAAUCCCUGGACAAUGAUUGGGAAGCUAUUGCAGAUUGUGCCCCAGAGGACUUACUUUCUUCACAAUGCUUACCUGAAGUCUCAAAGCUUUCACUGCAAGAUAAUAAAGCCCAAAAUCCUAAGAGGCGUGGAAGGGGAAAAUUCUCAUACACUAGUGAUGGCUUGUAUAGUGACCAGCAAUCUUAUGGCUCUGUUAUAGAAUCUUUAGAGAAUGAAGCUUUGAGCCAUAAUCCAGAAGGAGAUAGUUCAGAAAAAAGUUGUAGUGCAGAAGGAGAUACCCAAACAAGAAAUUUGAAAUAUGGUGUGAGUCACGCUCUUGUUCUUGCUGACUUUCCUCCAAGUACCAAAACAGCUGACUUAGAGAAGCUGUUGGAGAACUUCAAAAACCAGGGAUUUGUGAUUCGUUGGAUCAAUGACACUACUGCACUUGCAGUGUUUAGAACACAAAAAAUUGCACUUGAGGCAUGUAAUCGGAUCCAGUGUACAUUCACUGUCCGUGUACUUGAGGAGGAGGAUGUGCUCUUGAAGUCAAUCCCUCCAAGAGAUCUGGACCCUCCACGUAUAAGGCCCGAGACAUCAACGAGCACUGCCAGAAGGCUUAUUGCUCAGGGAAUGGGGAUAAAGCUUCCAUCUACAAACUUCGGUUCCAAAGAGCUGAGAAAACAGGAAGAAGCCAGAAGGAACCGAAUCGUUUCCAGACAGAACAUGAGGGAUGAUGCUUGGGGAGAUGACUAACAACUGAAGGUUUUGGUUUUUGUUUUCGUUUUCGUUUUUUGUUUUCUGUUUUCUUUUUUCGGAGCAACCUUUGAUGGAGUGUUCAUCAUAUUCUUGAGGGUAGCACAGAUCAUUUACUGGGUUUUGAGGGAUUACACUGCAGGGGUUGUGAAAACAUGGGGCUGUUUCCUGCUGCACCCAGAAACAAUAUUUGAAAAUGGUUUCAAAAAUGCUGAUGAUAUUAUCUAUAUUGACUCUGCCUUGCUUAUUUGAAAAUGUUGCCCAACCUUGCUGAAAAUGACAGUCUUGCUGACCCAGUGAGAAGAUAUAGGGUCUGUUUGGUGGUGUUUUGCUGUGGUUAUUGUGCUGUGUGAAAGUAGUGUUAAUAAAAGUAGCGUUUAGUAACUUUGUAUACUGUUGUGGCAUAUUAAUGCUAAAAGUGCAUAAUUGAUUGUA